CGUAACAGAGGAUCUUGGAGCGGCUGGUUCUCCAUCGGUUAGAAACGUUUCCUCUCACCGAUAAAUCUCACUCUAAUGUCGGCGUUAACCCGCCGGGAUCUCACCGUGGAGCCUCUGUCAUGAAGUAGCGUCCGCAGCAGCACCACGUCCGCGGGAGAAGAAGGGAAGGAAGCCGGAGGAAUGAGCAGGUCGGUGGUCAUGAUGUUGUCCUAAAUUUGGCCGGCCACCUCUGCUUCAAGUGUACAAUUCCCAUGGAGCUGUGCACCAACACACACACUGUUCAACCAUGGAGCCACCAUUCAGGGUUUUGGACCCAAAGAGCCAGUGAGACAGAAGAGGACCUGAUAUUGUGAUAAAACCUCAACUCCAUCCUCAUAUCGUCUCCUCCCUCGUAUCGUCUCCUCCUCCUUAUCCUCCAGCAGGACAUCCCUCUCUCCGAGGCCUCUUCUGGCCUCUUCUCCAGAUCCUCUCCCCGGCUCCUGCUGUGGAUGAGUUUUAUCAGGACUCCUCUCAGUCCAACACACCGAGCAGCUGAUUAGAAGGCACCGAACGCAGGGCGAGGAGCAGCCUGGGCAAAGGUUCGGUCCAGUCCUGCUGCAGGAUGGCGGGUCUAUCGUUCUGUUUGGCUGUGAUGACCACUGCUCUCCUGCUGACCCUCAGAGCUGACGCUGCAGGUCAGAACCCGGACCACGUCCUUCAGGGGACGGGAGUGAAACCAGAGGCUCGACGGCCCGGCGAGGACUCCACCAUCGCACCAGAGGACGCAGCUCGUUUCCUCAGCUGCUACUGCUCCGGACACUGUCCUGAAGACGCCACGAACAACACCUGCCAGACUAACGGUCAGUGUUUCGCCAUCAUCGAGGAGGACGAGCACGGAGAGGCCAUCCUCACCUCAGGCUGUAUGAAGUAUGAAGGCUCACACUUCCAGUGCAAGGACUCCCCCAAAGCCCAGACCAGGAGGACGAUCGAGUGCUGCAACACAGACUUCUGUAACAGAGACCUGCAGCCCACCCUCCCCCCGCAGGCGCCCUCCGAGGGAAGCCCUCACUGGCUGGCGUUCCUCAUCUCCAUGAUGGUCUGCUGCUGCACGCUGGUCUGUGUCACUGUGGUCUGUUUCUACAGGUAUAAAUGGCAGACUGAGCGUCAGCGGUAUCAUAACGAUCUGGAACAGGAAGUCUUCAUCCCUGUUGGAGAGUCACUCAAAGACCUCAUCCACCAAUCACAGAGCUCUGGCAGCGGCUCCGGGCUCCCCCUGCUGGUGCAGCGGACCAUCGCCAAGCAGAUCCAGAUGGUGCGUCAGAUCGGCAAAGGUCGGUACGGCGAGGUGUGGCUGGGCCGCUGGCGAGGAGAGAAGGUGGCCGUCAAAGUCUUCUUCACCAGAGAGGAAGCCAGCUGGUUCAGAGAGACGGAGAUCUACCAGACCGUCCUGAUGAGACACGAGAACAUCCUCGGCUUCAUCGCGGCCGACAUUAAAGGAACAGGAGCUUUCACGCAGCUCUUCCUCAUCACCGACUUCCACGAGAUGGGUUCGCUGUACGACUACCUGAAGCUGACCACGCUGGACACGCAGUCUCUGCUGCGGCUGGCCUACUCGGCCGCCUGCGGCCUCUGCCACCUGCACACGGAGAUCUACGGCACGCAGGGCAAACCGGCCAUCGCCCACCGGGACCUGAAGAGCAAGAACAUCCUGAUGAAGAAGAACGGCACCUGCUGCAUCGCCGACCUCGGCCUCGCCGUCAAGUUCAACAGCGACACCAAUGAGGUGGACGUCCCUCUGAGCACCCGGGUGGGGACGAGACGCUACAUGGCGCCCGAGGUCCUGGACGAGAGCCUCAACAAGAACCACUUCCAGGCCUACAUCAUGGCCGACAUGUACAGCUACGGCCUCGUCAUCUGGGAGAUGGCCCGACGCUGCGUCACCGGAGGUAUGGUAGAAGACUACCAGCUGCCGUACUACGAGAUGGUUCCGUCUGACCCGUCGUAUGAAGACAUGCUGGAGGUCGUGUGUGUUAAAGGAGUUCGACCGACAGUGUCCAACCGAUGGAACAGCGACGAGUGCCUUCGAGCCAUGCUGAAGUUGAUGUGCGAGUGCUGGGCUCAUAACCCCGCCUCCCGACUCACCAUCCUCAGAGUCAAGAAAACACUCGCCAAGAUGGUGGAGUCUCAGGACAUCAAGAUCUGACCUCGUCCCCGUUCCACCUCCGCCGCCAGAUUCAUUCUAGCCUGGACCGGAUCAGACCGGACCAGCCGCCUCAGGCUCGCCGUUCAUCACGAGGAGGAAGAGGAGGAGUAGAUUGGGAGAUUUUAAAAUAAAGGACCCACCUCAGGGCUGAACUGUUCGCCUCCUCCUUCCUCCUCCUCUUCCUCCUCCUGCUUCAGUCCGUCAGCUGGAAACAAAUGUGGAGUCCUUCCUCUUCCUCCUCUUCCUGUACCGCGUUUGACGCUUUCUGUGAAAGCCAAACAGACGAUUACAAUAAUUUUGAUGGCGCCUCCUGAUGGAGGGGAGAGGAGAUGGAGGGGGCGGAGCUCUUCCUGCUCCUGGAUAAAAGGUUUUUUAAGGACCCUCCUUCUCGUCUGCCUGUUUAAAACAAACAUCAAAAUGCCUUUUUUUGUUUUAUUUUCUCAUCAGGACUGAGUUCUCCUGCCAUAAUGAAAUAUAUCUCCACUCUUACAGUAGAGUUUAUUAUAAAAGAAAAAAUAAGGUACUAUUAUAACAUGUGAAUUUUAACGUGUAAAUAAAUGUUAUCGUUAGAUGCCGUGCCUCCUCAUAAGAAGAUAGGAAUAAAAUAAACAGAACACUGUGCUGCAGUGGUGUUGACGUCCGGCCGACUCCUCAAGAGACGUCGACUGGAGACGAUGGAGUCACUGCGGAGACGUCUCCCGUCCUGUCUGUCUGUAUGUCUGUGUCUCUGUCUGUCUGUACGUCUGUGUCUCUGUCUGUCUGUACGUCUGUGUUUCUGUCUGUAUCUGUGUGUGUCUGUCAGGAGAUUACUAAUUUAGAGCUUUAAAGAGGCAUCAGCUGAUCAAUGCGACACGAAGGUUUCAAUUUGUUUUCCAACUUUUACAUUUAUUUUAAAUUCUAAAAACCCGGUAUGUUCAACUGAAAUACUGCAGUACAGGUACAAGUACCUUAAAGUUUUCCUGGAGCACGGUACGUUUAGCCUGUUUGACAUAGAAAAGGAAAUGUGACCUGAUGUAUCCUGGUCCUUCCUGAUCGGCUCUUUCCUCCGAGGUUUCUGACUUUUCAGAAUAGCUUGUAAAACUCGAAUAAAGACUCAUUUUCUUUGUUUCUGCAACAUCAAAAAAAAGAAAACCUGAACCUUCACAUUAAUCAGGAAACCUUGUCUUCUUUGUUUCAGGACAAAACUAUGUCUUUAAGAUUUAAACACUUUCCGGAAAAGUUUUCUCUCGUCAGCAGGACCACGUGCACGUGUUUGCUCGCUGUGCAUGUGUGUGAGAAGCUAACCAUCCAUACAGACGCUAUUAAAGAGCAGUAACUUUAGUGUUUUCCUCUGUAUUAAAGCAAAUAUGCAAGAACAGCCCAAGUAUAGAAUAAUCUCUAAUAUGUAAAUCUCUCAUGUUGUGUUGUUUUGUACAGCAUCUGGUUCGGUGCCUUAUGAGUUUACCACGGAAAAAUGAAAACUCUGUAUACAGUCUGUCCAAUGUAACGAUUUUUAAGUAAAUAACCUUAUUUUAGUACACAAGU